AUGCCUGGAUGGGGACUCCUGCUCCUGCUCUGGGGCUCCUGUGCCUUCAGCCUCCCUGCAGACAAUGGCGCCUUCAGACGGAUUUUCCUGAAGAGAAUGCCGUCGGUACGGGAGAGCCUGAAGGAACGAGGUGUGGAUGUGGCCAGACUCAGCGCUGAGUGGAGUCAGUUUGCUGUGGGCCUCUCCCUGGGCAACAACACUUCCCCCGUGGUCCUCACCAACUACCUGGACACCCAGUAUUAUGGUGAGAUUGGCAUCGGCACCCCAGCCCAAUCCUUCAAAGUCAUCUUCGACACAGGCUCUGCCAACCUCUGGGUGCCAUCCAGCAAAUGCAGCCCCCUUUAUACGGCCUGUGAGAUCCACAGUCUCUACGAUUCUGCGGAAUCCUCCAGCUACAUGGAGAACGGAACUGAAUUCACCAUCCGCUAUGGAUCUGGGAAGGUCAAAGGCUUCCAGAGCCAGGAUGUGGUAACGGUGGGCGGAAUCACGGUGACACAGACCUUUGGCGAAGUCACAGAGCUGCCCCUUAUCCCAUUCAUGCUGGCCAAGUUCGACGGGGUACUGGGAAUGGGCUUCCCUGCACAGGCUGUUGGGGGAGUCACCCCUGUCUUCGACCACAUUCUCUCACAAAGAGUGUUAAAGGAAGAUGUCUUCUCUGUUUACUACAGCAGGAAUUCUCAUUUGCUGGGAGGAGAGAUUGUGCUGGGAGGCAGUGACCCCCAGUAUUACCAAGGCAAUUUUCACUAUGUGAGCGUCAGCAGGACCGGCUCCUGGCAGAUCAACAUGAAAGGGGUGUCUGUGAGGUCAGCCACGCUGCUGUGUGCAGAGGGCUGCAUGGCAGUGGUAGACACCGGCGCCUCCUACAUCUCAGCCCCCACCAGCUCCCUGCACCUGCUCAUGGACACCUUGGGGGCCAAGGAGCGGAGCACAAAUGACUACGUGGUGAACUGCAACCAGGUGCCCACCAUGCCUGAUAUCUCCUUCCACCUCGGGGGCAGGGCCUACACCUUGACCAGUGCUGAUUACGUUUUGCAGGAGUCCUUCAGCCACGAGGACCUGUGCACGCUUGCCCUCCACGGUAUGGACGUGCCCCCACCCACUGGGCCCACCUGGGUGCUGGGUGCCAGCUUCAUCCGCAAGUUCUACACGGAAUUUGACCGGCGCAACAAUCGCAUUGGUUUUGCCUUAGCCCGCUGA